CGACAGCACCGGGAGCAGCUUCGCCUCGCCUCCCCUCCCGCGGCGACCCAGGGCCCGAGCCAGAGAGCAGCCUUUGUAGCUACCGCCCAGAAACCAGACACCAUGUGCGACGAAGACGAGACCACCGCGCUCGUGUGCGACAAUGGCUCUGGCUUGGUGAAAGCUGGCUUUGCCGGCGAUGACGCCCCUAGGGCUGUGUUCCCGUCCAUCGUGGGCCGCCCUCGCCAUCAGGGCGUCAUGGUGGGUAUGGGCCAGAAAGACUCCUACGUGGGCGACGAGGCGCAGAGCAAGCGUGGUAUCCUGACCCUCAAGUACCCCAUUGAGCACGGCAUCAUCACCAACUGGGACGACAUGGAGAAGAUCUGGCACCACACCUUCUACAACGAGCUCCGCGUGGCCCCCGAGGAGCACCCCACCCUGCUCACCGAGGCCCCGCUCAACCCCAAGGCCAACCGCGAGAAGAUGACCCAGAUCAUGUUCGAGACCUUCAACGUCCCCGCCAUGUACGUGGCCAUCCAGGCUGUGCUGUCCCUCUACGCCUCGGGCAGGACCACCGGCAUCGUGCUCGACUCCGGCGACGGUGUCACCCACAACGUCCCCAUCUAUGAGGGCUACGCCCUGCCGCACGCCAUCAUGCGCUUGGAUCUGGCCGGGCGCGACCUCACGGACUACCUGAUGAAGAUCCUCACCGAGCGUGGCUACUCCUUCGUGACCACAGCUGAGCGCGAGAUCGUGCGCGACAUCAAGGAGAAGCUGUGCUACGUGGCCCUGGACUUCGAGAACGAGAUGGCGACCGCCGCCUCCUCCUCCUCCCUGGAAAAGAGCUACGAGCUGCCCGACGGGCAGGUCAUCACCAUUGGCAACGAGCGCUUCCGCUGCCCGGAGACGCUCUUCCAGCCCUCCUUCAUAGGCAUGGAGUCGGCCGGCAUCCAUGAGACCACCUACAACAGCAUCAUGAAGUGCGACAUCGACAUCAGGAAGGACCUGUACGCGAACAACGUCAUGUCUGGGGGCACCACCAUGUACCCAGGGAUAGCUGACCGCAUGCAGAAGGAGAUCACCGCGCUGGCGCCCAGCACCAUGAAGAUCAAGAUCAUCGCCCCGCCAGAGCGCAAGUACUCCGUGUGGAUCGGCGGCUCCAUCCUGGCCUCACUGUCCACCUUCCAGCAGAUGUGGAUCACCAAGCAGGAGUACGACGAGGCCGGCCCCUCCAUCGUCCACCGCAAAUGCUUCUAAACAGUCACACCUCCCACGUGCAAAUUCUUCUCAGGAUGACAAAUCUAAAGUUUCUGGCGGCUGAACGAGCUGCAGUCUAAUGCUUUAUUCUCCCAACCACUUCCGUUACUCGUGCUGCAAACUGACACAGUGUUUAUAAAGUGUACAUACAUUAAUUUAUUUUACCUCAUUUUGUUAUUUUUAAAACAAAGCCCUGUGGAAGGAAAUGGAAAACUUGAAGCAUUAAACUCAGUCAUUCUGUUA